AUGCAAAGUAUAGCACAUUUCGAAAAGCCCGUAAAGGGUAUGCUUAACGCAAUACGCCAAAGCAAUUACCGCACUUUAAACCAAAAAAAAAGCAUUUUAAAACUAUUUAUUGGGGCAUUAAAGCUUAAUUGGAAAAUAUAUAAAAAAAAUCGAUUAAAUGCCGUAUCCAAAAAAACCAAAACUUCCGAAAACCACGUCCUUUUUGUUAGCGCUACAAUUAUUGCCGUUAAAAUCGUUAGCGCCGAAAGCGGCACCUUCCGGCGCCAAUACGGACGCCGCACCCUUACGGGGAACCGCGCGGUUAUAAGCCUAAAUAUCCGAAUGCGCCGCAAUCGUAGCAAAGCUAGCGGCAAUGUUACCAAAAAAAUAACCAUACCUUUUUCGAAACGUUUAAAAAACGCUUUUAUUUCCGUUAAUAAUUUUGCGCUAAAUGCGCUUUUAAAUAACGGUUUAACGUUCGUAACGCGCAAAUUGUUCGGCCAAUAUAGUAUAAAAGGAUUUGGCUUUUUAAAUAAUUUUGCGAACGCGAAAUUAAAUUUUAAUAAGCUUUUUAAAAAAUUUCGGUAUCGUUUUAAGCAACCGUUUAUAAACGCAUAUCGGUAUACGGGGGUUAACGGCAUAGUUUUAAUAUGCUUAAUAAUUAAAAUAACGGCCAUAAAAUACCGUACGUUCCGUAUAAUUAUUUUUAAAAAAAGGCAAAUAAAUAAAAUUCCAAUUAUUGCUUUAUUGGAAAUCGAUAACCUUUUGCAACGGGAGCGCGUUAUAAAUACCCAUAUAAAACGAAAAGGAAGCAAUAUCCGUUUUGGGGGCAAAUUUAUUAAAAUUAAAAGCAUUGCGGCGGCGCUCGUUACGCAUUUUACGCUUUUUUUUGGCGGAAAUCUUUUUGCCGCGGCGGUUAAAGCCCGCCGGGGGGUUACCGGCAAAACGUUUGCGGGAAUUUUAAAAGGUUACAAGCGCAAAAGGGCCCGAUAA